UUGGAUGAGAGUUUUAAAUCACCAAAAACAUUCGUUUCUGGUUCGUCUCUCUGCCCUCUCCUCCUGAAAAUUGUCUCCCAAAUUCUCAGCCAUGAAACUCUCUUUCUCUCUUUCUUCCUCAAAUUCCAAGCCAGUUUCUAGGAAGCCAAACGUCAAACGGUCGGAUGACGACGCGCCCCGACACGAGUACGUCACUGAAUUCGACGCAUCCAAAACCCUAGCAGAUACUCAAACGAAGAGACUCAUCGUUCCGCCGAAGGAGAACGAAUGGAGACCGGAGAAGAAGAUGAAAAACCUCGAUCUUCCCCUCCAAUCGACGACCGAAUCCACCGAUAUCCGCUUCGAGCUUGAGUCAUCCGAUGCGGCCGCGGGGGAUUCCAGCAUGUUGUACGGUUUGAAUAUCAGGGAGAACUCUAAGUCUGAAAAUGAAGUUGCUGCCGCGAGUCAUCCUGAUGAAUCGGUUGAGGCAACGUUGUUGAAGAAAUUGAAGCAAGAUCUAAGAAGGUUACCGGACGAUCAGACGCUGGAGGACUUUGCUGAAGUUCCCGUUGAGGGUUUUGGCGCCGCUUUGCUCGCCGGAUACGGAUGGACCGAAGGGAGAGGGAUCGGUAGAAACGCGAAGGAAGAUGUGAAAAUUGUUGAGUACAAUAGAAGCUUCGCCAAGCAAGGGUUCGCCUUUUUCAGCUCAGCGCAAAAGGAAAAUUCGGAUUCUUCUGGCAAAAUUCGAGCGAAUAACGCUGCUGAAUCGAAGGAAGAUGAGAAUUUGAAGAAGUCGAAAGACGAAAGAAGAAGAGAUGAAAAGAGGGAUUCUUUGACCAUUCAUCGAGAAACGAGAGAAAAGGAGGAUAAAAGGAGGAGAGAAGAGGGGCCAAGGGGCGAGAGAUUAAAACACGAAAAUGGAUUGUCCAAGAAAUCGAGUAGCAGAAGGGAAGAAGAGAAGAGUAGCAGAAGAGAAGAAGGGAGGAGUAGUCGAAGAGAAGUAGGGAAGAUAACGCCGUGGCUUACUAGUCAUAUUCGGGUUAGAGUAAUUAGCAAGGAUUUCAAAGGAGGAAGGUUCUAUUUGAAGAAGGCCGAGAUCUUGGAUGUUGUUGGACCAACAACAUGUGAUAUUUCCAUGGAUGAGAGUAGGGAGCUGAUCCAAGGGGUUGAUCAAGAACUCUUGGAGACUGCCCUUCCCCGUCGUGGAGGUCCUGUUCUUGUUUUGUUUGGCAAGCAUAAGGGUGCGUAUGGAAGCCUGGUGGAGAGGGAUUCGGAGCAAGAAACUGGUGUUGUUCGGGACGCUGACAGCCAUGCUUUACUCAAUGUGCGCCUGGAACAGAUUGCUGAGUAUGUUGGAGACCCAAGCUAUAUUGGAUACUGAUUCUUUCACAGUCACGAAAAAUAAACUCCAAUUCAAUAGACUUGUCUCAGAAGUAAUAGGUUGAGGCAGUAAAAGCCUUCUCAUCAGAUUUUGCUCCUUGAUAUUUUGUAGCUAAAACUGCUACUGUCUCCUUGUAAGCCUGCUCAUCAUCACCCUAUAGCAACUCCCUUGCAAGCAGCUUGGAAGCACAAAACAAGAGGACCAUGUAGAAAUCUGGCUGCAGUAUGAUUGAAUUCCUGGCCAGUAUGGAUUGAUUCAUGGGCAGGCCUAUGGAAGCAAGAUCACACCAAGAUCACACCCAAACACAUGCUCUUAUCUUGCAGAAACCAUUAGAUUGGCGGAUUCAUUUGGGUUCUCGGGUUCCUCUCAAGAACUAUGACAAACCCAACAUCUGUCGGUGCUCAGGUUCGAUUUCAACAAACCUGCAAGGAGGGAUGAUUUUGGGGCAGAUGAGAAAUCUCUCUUUUCAGGCCAAGGCUGGCAGUCUACCUUCUUGGGCUAUAACCCCUGAUGCUUGAGGUUCUCCUCUGAAACUUUAAUCUCAUAAUGGUGGGUGUUGAAAUCAGAGUCAUAAUCUGGGGAACCCUGGUAUAACGAGCUGGCUGACUUAUGAUAUUUCUACUAUAAUAAUGCCAAUCAUAAACUUCAACCCAAGUAAUCAUAUUGAUUUUUUACAAUCA